UUAAUAUAAACUUAACAAUAAACAAAAGAAGUGAAAUAUUAAAUAAAUUUUAUGCAUAGUUGCGAUAUAAUAAUUCUUAUUUUAAAAAUGUGAGAAAGAGUAUUUUUCACGGAAUUGAGUAAAUUAAAAUUAACAAAAGCUGUCAUUGAAAAUAUUUUACUUAAUAAUAUAAACUUAAAAAUAAAUAAAAGAAGUAAAAUAUUAAAUAAAUUUUGUAUGGUUGCGAUAUAAUCAUUAAUGUCAGUAAUACGUUCGUGGUUUUAGAAAUUCUUUUCUUUAUAAAAUCUAUUAAAAAUCUAUUAAAAACGAAAAGCAAAUAUAAAAUUUAUUUGAUUUUCUUUUGCAAAAAACACAGUUUUAAAAAUAGUGAGUACGUUAUUCAUAAUAUUAGGUCAUUUUACACAUAGCUUUCUAAAACUGUUUACAUUUUUUUACAUAUUUUUCUAUUAUAUUUUUUUCAUAUAUUGCGGUGUAAAACAAAAUCGUCACGAAGCGGUAUAUUUCACUGAAAACGAAUCAUAAAUUUAAUAUGCUCUGUUCUUUAAAAAAAAUUUUUUUUUAAUAAACUGUUUCUUUUUAUUGUUUAGUAUUGUUCCUUUCAAUUACAAAAUAUGAAUCAAUAUUACAAAAACUACACCAACUAAUAGAAACUUUAUUUUUAACUUUGGUUUAAGAGAUAUUACCCCAAAAACAAAGCGGUAUGUCAGAAUUACUGACCUUCUGUUUCAAUUCUUAGGUUAAAGUACACUUUUGUAUAACGCACAAAAGAAUUAACCACAUUUCCUUCUUUCAUUUCUAUUCUGGAAAGGGAAAUAAAGAUCGAUGGACGUGCGCAUUACGCGCGUGAUUAUGUGGAUAAGCCCUUACCUUAUUGCAGAAUCACUGUUUUGGCUCGUAAUCACGGCGAGCGCGGGGCGGCGCGGCGAGCGUUGCUUGUUUGUUUUGACUCGUGGUCGUCUCGCGUAUUAACGCCUGGUGCUUCGCGACAAUCGUGUGGGAAUCGCUUUGUGUCGCGCCAGCCGUUCUCUCCCGUAUCUCCCGGGACUCAGGAAUAUCACUCCGCUACUCGGACGGUCACCCGCGGUGUUCCAAUCAAGUGCGAUCGCGCCGAUCAAUCGCGUCCCCCCGCGCGUGUCGACAUUCGUCUGCGUUCGUCGCUGUCGUUUCGCGUCGCGUCGUCGUGACGUCACAACGAGGACUGGCACAGUGGCGCUCUGGCGCGUCCAAUCGGAAACGACUGGCGCGUAGAUUACGCUAGCGGUUGUAAUGUCGCGGUUACUCGCGUCUGACAUCGAGGAUGUGUCGAGUGUCGGGGACCAUUGGGUCGGUCGGUUGGUUGGAUCGAUCGGAAUUCGACCAUGUCGGGCGUUUUACGAGAGAGGAGGAUCCCGUCGUCGUUCGCCACUUCAGAAUUCUUCGUUGGUAUUCGAGUACACACGGCAGUGCACCGACUGGAACAGUUCUCUUGAACAGAUACGGGCAAAGAAGGGAAGUUAAUACAAGCGAUACGAGCAUUUCGAACCAGAGGCUGGGCUAUUACAGACAAACUAAAUCUUCUUCGGGCCACGACUCCGAGACUAUUCGAAGAUCUUAAACUAUUGGAAUGCUCAAUUGCAGUCGCUUAUAUCUAUACAGCGUGAAGCAAUAACCAAAUCAUGGGGCGAAGGGGGAAUUAUGGUGUAAGAACAGUCUCGCGCCAGUCUGCGUGUAACAUUUCCGACAUGGUAAGCAAUCCACUGUGAAUACACAACUCUGACUCGGUGCAAGUUUCCGAUUUUCCCCUUUCCUUUCCUGCCUCCCCCCCCCCUCCCCCCCUCUCUCUCUCUCUCUCUUUCUCUCUCGUAGCUAUCUCUAAUCCCUCGUCACUCAAGCAAUAUUAACCCAAGUUUUCAAGAGUCCUACGCAAGUACACGCACCACAAUUCUAUGGCGUACGCAUAGAAUUUGAACACAAAGCAACGGUAGAAUUAAGUUUUGGUACAAUAGAGAAUAUACAGGCGCACCGCACCCAAUCGAAACACCACAACACGUGAAAGCAGCUUUCAGACAAGAUUUAAAUCCCAGAUUUUUCGCUUAGCUCGGCGGCUUAGUAAAUAUGCCUCUGCGAUUAUAUUAGAUGCAAUAAAUCUCAUAUUUAAAUAUGACUUCUUCGAUUUGUUUUUUGUAAGACUUGUCAUACAGAUCAUUUCAUAAAUAUUCUAUCAUAUCUUUGAUCUUAUGCAGAAUAUUCUCUCAAAUAAAUUCGAAGAUAUUUUCCAUAAUAAUGAAAUUAGGCAAAAUUAUAAUAAGUUCGAAUCUUGCUGAAAUUUAAAUGCGCUUUCAAGAAGCGGAAUAUUUUGUUCGUGAGACGCAUAAGCUGUGCAACUGGGAGACCACGUUCGUAUUCUCCCACAGAACUCGGUAUUACAACGGUAACUUUUGCUUCCUGCUAUAUAAAGUGCAGCGCGAUGACGCCCGAUGCAACUUUGCCCGAAUAGAGUUCCGACUUUUCGUGAAGCUCCUACUUUCGCCGCCUCAUUCGCCGACAAUCCCUCAUCCCCGGGCCAAUAUGCAGCCUGUGGAGAAGGAAGUUUGCGGCCAAGUGUUCGCCAAGUUUCGACGAGCCUUACGUGCUCACCCUCAUCACACUCCUUUCCUGUUCACUGGACGCGAGCAACAAAGGUUCGCUUCUCGCUUGUUGCUUCAUAAUCCUACCAAGGAAAACGGGCAAAUGGCCGACGUAAGAGGAUCCCGUUUCCUUCAGCUCUCUCUCUCUCUCUCUCUCUCUCUCUCUCUCUCUUUGCCUUCCAUCGUUCAUUUCAGUAAUUAACCGACGCGCGACGAGCUAAAUCAUUACGAAUUGUCUUACUGUAUUUCAGUCGGGGAAUUCGAACGAGAAUUUAGACGAAAUGGUAUCGUAUAAUUUUGUUAUUGUGUAGUGUGAUUUUAUUAUUAAAGAUUAUAGAAAAUUUAAUUAUUGCCUUUUUGUUGUUGUUGUUUUAAGUUCCAUAUUUAACAAGCAACUGAUUGCAAAUAGAGUGUUACAAUUAUAAGUAUAAGAGAAUAAAAGACAGACUAAUCUAUCAAUAAGGUAUAAACAUGCUAUCUAAAUGCAGAAUAGAUUGAAGAAUAAUUGUAUGUGAAUCUCAUAAAAAUGUAUAACAUUGUAUCGUUUCGCUAAUACUCGUUGUCAACUAGAAAAAAAAUCGCUCGCAUGAACAAAAACGGUACUAUUAUGUCACUUAUUGUAUAGACAUUUAUCAGAGUGCUCUCUGUUUUAACGUUCAACAUCCUGAUUAUUUAUUUUGUACGUCGGAAAAAACGGCGAGAUUAAAGAGAGUGCAGGAAAAAGAACACCGAAUCCGUAUCUCUUUUGUGAAGAUAGUCGAGACACGUACGAGAUCGCCCGGUAGUUUAUUUUUAAUCGAAGUGAUCGAAGCGCACACCGGUAACGGCAAGUCAUGCUCCAAAGGGCGACGGCGUGCCUCAUUUGAAGAAAAAAGCCAUUAUUUGUCGCUAACGUCGUUGUGCUGCAUGUCAGAUAAAAAAAAAAGUGACGAGUCGCUUCGCCGAGAACAUUAAUUAAUGUACUAUGGCUCCGCCGAUAAUACUCACGUCUUGCUUUCAGCGAGCGAUCGAACGUAUUCACUAACAUUACAUACGCAAUUUUUCUAAAAUCAGAUAAUAAAAUUUACAAAGUCAUUGUACGCACAUAAUCGUUAAAGUGUAUGUGAAAUAUUAUAUUUGAAAUGAAAAUAAACUCAAAAAAAAAAUUCUCAAAACUGUCAAACAUAAGUGAGAAACAGGAUCCUUAAUUAAUUACAAUUUAUUUAAUUCUAGAAUACCGUAAUUAAAUUAAAAUAAAACAGAAGGAAAUAUAAAACAUCGUGAAACUUACAUAAAAACAACUCGUGGGUCAAUAAAUUUCGGUUUUAAAUCCAAUAAGAUUUUUCACUGGGCGCUUAAUCAAACUUUCACUGUCUGUCGAAAGGUCGCCUCAAAAAUUCAUGAAACAUUCAUUGGGUGUCUCAGUGCCGCCUCGAAGAUCAAAGGUUCGUUACAGAUCACCCCGCACGUGACGAUAGUAAAUUCCCGACAAUUAAAAUAUCUUCGGAGGCGCCGCGCAUAACCCAGCUGCUCCUCGUCUCCCUUACCGCGUGUUCUAAAUCAUGCACUGUGCCGGGGGUCUUUCGCGGACCUCAAAUUAAAAUUAUUGACCGACGCCUCCGGAGGCCCGUAAUUCAUUUCUCAAAGGGAUGAGAAUACUCGACGAAAAUAGUAAAACGGGAUCGCUUUCGUGUCUCCCGCGCUAAUCGCGACGAAAGCAUGUUAGUCGUGCACCAACCAGCAUUGUCACAUGUGGGUGUUAAUUGCCUGAACCAAAAAAUAGCCCGUGUGAUCUGUUAUCGUCGUGAAAAUGCAUGUUGAUUAAUGCGAACACAUGUGCUUCUCUAAAGGUUAGCACAAACGAAAGCUACAAAACGUUCACUUAUUUAUACUACGUUAUGCGAACAUGAAUUCUAGCUUCUAUUUUUUUAAUUUAUGUAACUAGUGGUAAAUUAUUAUAGUAUUAAAUUGUAUUAUAUUAAACUGUUUUAUUAUCAAAUUUUAGUAUAAGCAAUAAAAUGUGUAAAACGCGGAGACCAAGAAAUUAAGAUGGAGCAAGAACGAAAUGAGAUACCUACCUUUGGAAGAUCAUUUUUUAACCAAGCGACGUAGAGGUCGUAAAGUCAAAUCGGAUCCUCGGAGCCACGUCAUUUAUAUGAAACGAAAUGGGGGCGUGAUAUUUUUUAUACGGCGCAGAGAAGAAGGGGAACAAAUGUCGCCUCGCCCGACAUCCGGGUCGAGAUCGCCAAGAAGAAAGAUAUCUUCCCGCGCAUAUUUCUGAAAGUGUCAAGACGACGCGUCACCCUGGAGGUCAUGUCAGUCUCGUGAUGCCACACGGCCAUCCCCCAGAGACGGGCCGGGACAUUCUGGCGCGGGGGGCGCGCGUGCCCGUACGUUUUCCGACCGUUUCCUCGUCGCUGUUGCACGUGUGUGGAAAUCGUAGUGUCUUAACAUCGCGUACAUACACGCGUCUACACAGAAGAGUGUGUCGCACGUCCGGAAACGUCUGAGCGCCGUCGACUGU